AGAGAGAGAGAGAGAGACAUCUCUGUCAACCCAAAGGGUGGAGUGGGUCUUUUGAAGACGCACACAACCACAAUCCCCGAGGCAAGAGGUUAAGGAAAGGAUUUGAAGUCAGCAAUGCAUUUUAAAUUAAGUUAAUAUUAGUUAGGCUAAAUGUUAAAUUGACACUGUAAUGUAAAGUAAUUACCUUUAAUACUCCUAUCGGGUAAGUUUCCGGUCAUUUAGAGCACAUGUUGCAAUUGCUCAAUGAUGUAAGUUGUUUUAAGAAAGAAAUGUACAAAAAAUGUAGUGUUUUGUGGAUGCCUUCAGUCAUGCAGGUUUCGCGGAUCCGCGCGGCGCGUAAAAGCGAGUGGCUCAAAUGCGCGCUCGCGCACCACUUCAACCCAGAAUCAGAUCUCUGCGUGGAAAACGAGAUCGUGGUUUUGGCAACCGGUGUGGACCAGUACAUCCAGGAGGUGUUUCAUCACCUCUCCUUUUACAACGGCGAUGAUCUCGUUUCGGAUGAGGACUUUAGUAGUCUGUGUUUGAUUUUGGGAAUCCCCGCGAGCGCGGAGACUGAAAACGUCACCUCAGAGCACCGGGACAUUUGCGAUGGACUUCCUCGUGUGCUUAACUUUAGAGAAUUCCACGCACGACUAUGUGGAUUAUUCUCGCUAAAAGCGCAAGAAGGGCAGAAGGGAGUUCGACUUCCGGUCAGUGAGGAGACCGAGCACGUCGAGCGGGAGAUCAGACUCCGGUGUCCCCGCGUCCGGAGGAGAAAGUGCGUCAGUUUUGAUCUGUCUGCCGACCACCAGAACCGGAAGAGGGCAGUGAGAUCGGGACAAUCUCAGAAUCCGGAUCAUCUGCAGAGUUCUGCUGCGGAAGCCAAGAGAGACGCAGUGGAUAUUAACCCUCAGAGAAGAUGGCAAGAGCAGCUAGAGUUGGAGAACGCCAGUCUGAGGGAGCUGGUGGAGGAUCUACGUUCAGCCCUCCAGAGCAGCGACGCGCGGUGUUUGGCACUGGAGGUUGCGUUACGCCGAAGAGACAUGCCGUCCCAAAAUACUGCUGAAACACAAAACUGCAAAACAAAAACACAGCAAUCCAAACACAUGGAAUGGGACUCCAGAAGAAGCACUAAAGACCUUCUACGAGAGCUGGAACUGAUCCGUGCUUCACGUGAUGGACAGCUGGAGGAAGCCAUGAGGUUUAACCAGAGGUUAGAGGAAGAGCUGAUGGCGGCUUAUGGAGAGAUUAGCAGGAUGCAGGAGAUGCUGGAUAGCGUCCGGACUGAAAACACACGGAUUAAGAAGAGGACUGAAGAGGUCAGAGAGUCACUGGCUGCAGGGCUGCAGGGUGUGAGGGCCUUACAAGAGCAGGCUCAACAAGCUGACCUGCUCCGAGAACAAGCCCAGAGUCUGGAGAGCCAGCUGGAGAAGUUCAGGGCCCAGUGCACCUGUGUGGAGCUAAAUAUGAACAAAAACGAAAUACUAGCUGAACCAUGUGGGUCUGGAUUUCCUUCCCUCACCAGUCAUGAUGAUGGCAGAAGAGAAGAAGACCUGCAGAGGUCAGUAGAGGGUCGAGCAGCAUCCGAUGAGGAAGAGGAGGAGAGGGGCAUGGAUGAAGGUCAGUGCUGCCACCUGGAGGUGAAACGGCUGAUCAACAGAUUACACAGCUGUGCCAAAGGGUGUCAGAAAGCUGCUAUCUGUAACUGGCUUGUCUCUCAGAGCUCCGCUCACAGCAAAGAACCUAAAGCACGUGUGUGGAUUCCUCAAGCAGAUGAGAGGGGAAAUGAAGCAGGAAAUAUGAAGCAGAAAGAGGUAGAGAGUUUGAGAGUUUGUCAUUCACUGCUGGAGGAGAGAGUGACUGACACGUUCACAUUACUGCUGCAGAUCCCACAUAAAAGAGUCUCUCGCAGGAUCUUGGGGAGAAUACUGAUCAACACACUAGAUCUGUGUACUAGAAAAAGCCACGACUGCACUCCGGUGGUUCAGGUGGUGGACACACUGUGUGGGCAGCUCCUCUCCAGUGACCUCCUGGAUGGAGGAGAGGAGGUCAGCGCUGGGUCACGACCUUCUGUGACCUCAGGUCACCGGAACACGUCCAAACCCCUUCUGAUGUCCUGCUGAGAGCUCACAGAUGCCCCACUUAAGACACUUUUCAUCAGGGUACAAAUUUUUAAGGCACAAAUUAUUACUGAAGUUAUCGCAAUAAAGAUUAUCAAACAAAUAUUUUUCAUUAAUUUAUAAGAAGGAAAUGAGUACAAGUAAAACAAUACCACAUUUGGUGCCUGACCAGCUCCUUCUUAAUUUAAAAGAAAUCUGCAGCCCUGUUACCCAUUCUGAGUUACUUAUUUAUUUUUAAUUAAAACAUUUAUUUGUAAUUAUUUAUCAUUAUUGCUAAAAAUAUUAAACACACCACAAAUCAGGGUUUUAAAGCAACUGUAUGUAAACUUUUUUUUUGAAAGUGAUGGAUGCUUUUGAAACACUGCUUUAAAAGCUUCAGAUGAGUUGAGUUGUGAAUCAUUUUUUUGAACACAUAAUUUUAAAAUACAAAAAUAAAAUCCAAACACACCCCACAGACGAACCAUUAUUUAGUUUUUACCUGAUCUCAGAUCAGUUUUAUACAUUUAUAGACAUUUUUAGUGAGACGGGUAUAAUUAAAAGGAACAGUGGUAUUAGUUUACAGUCUCUUAUUGGGCUCUUUAGCCAAGCCCUGAAUAGAUAAAAGAACACAUAUUAUAUAGAGACUUAAUAUUUAAUAUUAUUAGAUGAUUUGCUAAUUGCAUUUAAUAGAUUACACUUUCAACAAAGCAUUUGCAACGAGUUUGUAAAAGCUGUUUUGGCCUUGGUUUUUGCUGCAUUUACACUUCCUGACCAGCAGGCGUCACCAGUGUGGCGCUUUGAACACUUCGAAACAGUGAAUCAUUUUGCAAAGCAAUUGAUUCCGAUGAUUCAAAGGUUCGAAAAGGUUCAUUUCACCCAUCACAAAUAAGUAUGUAGUAUGUAAGUUUGGUGAACAGGUAUGAAAUUAGGUGAAAAGGGUGGAUUGAUUUACGGCAGCAACAAAUGCACAUGUAAAUAACUGACUUUCCUUGAAAGGGACUUUAAUAC